AUGAUGGAAACCUCACAAGAAAUCAGACCUCCACUACCUCCUCGGCCAACAAAUCUGGAUCUACUGGAUGAACGCGGCUCUGGUGGAUCCUUGAGAUUGCCAAAACGAAUGGCCUCACGACCGAACCUGCAAGCUCGACCAACAACCGCGGUAUCACUGACUGAUGUCCACACAUCAAACAACCUUGCAGACCAUGAUUCCUCACCUCUUGCUCUUCCCAGCCGUCCAGUAUCUCGGAAACAAAGUUCGGCAACGAUCAAUCGGUUUCGCAGUCGUGUAGGCAGCGACGCAGCUGAAACAAGCAGCAUCCGCAGUUUCACAAACACCGUAGGAACAACCACAGGCGCAGAAAUGGAAAGUCUGCUCGGCGACCCCUUUCCUACUUCUCCAGCAUGGAAAUCACUGUCUGCGCAACUGGAAAAGGAAAACCCCAUGGAUCAUGUUUUUGACGAAGACGAUAUUUUCAGCUUACGCAUGCAUCAUGAAUUCGACGAGCUUGAGGAGUUCAGAGCCAACGGUACGAACGAAGAGUUUUUGAUGAACUCGUGGACCUCGAAACUCAAACAUUUCUUCAUCUUGUCUUCGGCGGGGAAACCGAUCUGGAGUCGACAUGGUGAUGAUCAGGUUAUUGCGAAUCACAUCGGUAUCUUGCAGACGCUCAUUUCGUUCUAUCAGGACGUUGACGACAAUCUACGAGGUUUUACUGCUGGUAACGCUAGAUUUGUGAUCCUCUCAAAGGGACAUUUGAAUCUAGCUGCUAUCAGUAGGUUGGGCGAGAGUGACUUGCAGCUUAAGACGCAGCUGGAAUCUCUGUAUAUGCAGGUCUUGUCGACAUUGACGCUGCCGAGUAUGCAACGCAUGUUUUCAAAUCGGCCCUCUACGGAUCUGCGACGACCGCUACAAGGCACUGAAGUCCUGCUUGGAGCGUUAGCAGAUGGAUUCACAAGGGGUUCUCUACCUACCCUGCUCUCCGCACUCGAAUGCCUCAAGAUCAGAAAAUCCCACCGUCAAGUCAUCAACUCCACCCUCCUCAAAGUCAAAUCCCCAAACCUGCUUUACGGACUCAUGGUAGCAGGCGGCCGUCUCGUCAGCGUAGUGCGACCUAGAAAACACUCUUUGCAUCCAGGUGACCUGCAAUUAAUCUUCAACAUGCUCUUCGAAGCCGGCAGCGUCAAAGCCGGAGGCGGAGAAAAUUGGAUCCCAUUGUGUUUGCCUGGUUUCAACAAUACUGGAUUCCUGUACAUGUACGUCAGUUUCUUGGACAUCGGAGCCGAUACUGCAAAAGUGUCGGAGGAGAGACCGCAAUCGUCGAGCAGCAUUUCGCCGAGGGAUGAUGAGCAAUUGGCCAUCAUACUCAUCAGUGCCGAUAAAGAGGCUUUUUACGAGUUACGCCAGAUGAGGGAUGACUUGAUCGAACAACUCAACCAAAACGGCAGCAUGUCCAUCCUCCGCACCUCCAUCCUCGCCGGCCGCCCCUCAAUCCCUCAAAUCCUGCCUUCUUCCCCCCUCCUCCACUUCAUCUACAAAUCCCGCCCGAACGUCCAAUUCUUCACUCCCUCCCUAUCUCCUCACUUUUCCUCAUUAGUCCCCCAUCGCCGCUUAGUAUCUCUCUACUCUUCUUUACACACAGCCAUGCACAACAAAACCGCGCAUCUGAAAGUUCACUAUGCGUGUGCUAAGGAUGCGGUGGCGUUGGGUUGGGAGACGAAAGAAUACGAGUUUUAUGGUGUUGCUGGCGCUGGGGUAAGUAGAGAGAAGGUGGCAAAGGCGGCGCAGGAGGUGGUGAGGUGGGUCAAGAGGGAGGAGGAGAGGGUGUUUAUUAUUGGUGGUGCUGUGUUUUAG